AUGCCCGCUAAAGAGUCUGAUUCCAGUUCUAACUCUGAAUCAUUUAUUUCUGCUAGUGAAGGUGAAGAACAUGGGUCUUCUGACACUGAUAAAAUUCAAGAAACCCCUGUUGAAGUAAGUUCUUCUGUGGUUGAAAACUUAGAAAAUAGGUUUGUUCUAGUUGGACCUAUUAGAGAUGUAAAGGUGGCUGAAUCGAGUAGGAGUGGAGUACCUAAGGGACGAGCUACAAGAAGCAGGGUUCGACAAAGUGAAGCUGACCUACAAAAAGCUCUGGAAGAAAGCAAGAAAAAGAAAAAGGAGAAGGGAAAGAAAAAGGUUGCAGAGUCCUCCGAGGCUACUGAAGAAGAGGAGAUGGAACUGGUCCAUCAAGAAAGAGGAACAACAGUAGAGGUUUCUUCACCAAAACCUAAAAAGUCCAAGACUUCUACCAAGAAGUCUUCUUAUGAACCUGUGUCUGGUGAACCCUCAUUAGCCAAGAGGACAAGGAGAAAAAUUCUGAAAGGAAGACUGUUGAAGGACCUGGAAGAACCAGGGAUGAGAAGACUGGUGGAUGCUUUAGCUGCACAAGAUGGAGUAGUCACCAGCCUGGUGAGAGGAGAAAGAGUGAAGUUUGAUGCAUUCAAACUUGGUGAGAUCCUGGACAUACCUACUGAAGCGUAUGAUGACUAUACAAGAGACAAAAGAUUUCAAUAUGAAUCACCGGGAUUUUGUUGCGAUAAUGGAUCAGUGAAAUUGAUUCACUAUGGACUACCUGCUCAACUCCUAAAUCUUUAUUUAGGAAACUCAGAGGAGUCCAAACAUUUUCGCACUUAUGUUAGAUUGUAUAACAAUAUAUUUGCAUUUACUUCUCUUGGAGUGAAUUAUUACAGAGAUUUAGCAAGAAGAAAUUGUGGUAUCUAUACGUUUAGAGUUCAAGGGAAAAUGUAUCACUUCAUAAAUGACCUCCUGCCUUCGAGUCAACCAACCAAAAAUCUACAGUUGUAUUUCUAUGAUACUGAUAAUGAACUAGCAAAUCGGAUGGCAUUCUCUGACAAGCUUAAUGAAUCGUCAGACGCUGGUUUAGAUCAAAGAACAUAUAACUUACCAACAUCAUCUAAAGUAGCAGCAAUAUGGAUAGAUGAUGGAAGUAGUUCUAAGAUUUCUCUACCACAUAUUCGAAUUUAUACACAUAGUAAUAAAAGCCAAUUGGUAAAAUUUUACUACGGUUGUUAUGAUCCACUGCAAUAUCCAUUGUUAUUUCCUUAUGGACAAAACGGAUGGCACUGUGGUAUCAAAAAGAUUAUUCAAACAAAUAAUACUAUUAGCCACGGAACUUAUUGUGAAAAUGAACAGCUACCAAGUGUACAAAACAUGUGUUCAGUUGACAUGCUACUUGACAUAGAAGCAGAACUUCUGGAAAAAAAGAAACGAAAAAGAAAUAUUGUGUCAUGCCAUAAGUAUUAUUGUUACAAGCUCCAAAUGAGGGAUGGCGAAGAAAAUGGGGUUUUACAUACUGGAAGAGUAUUCCAACAAUACUCAGUUGACGUAUUCAUCAAGCUUGAGACUCAAAGGUUAAAUUUCUAUUCAUUUAAUCAAGAUUUAUUUCGAAUUGAUGUGUUAGCGGGGAUUCUUGAUGUUCUAAGACAUGGUGAGCGAGAAGCAUGUAACAUAGGCAGACAAAGUUUUUUACCUGCAAGUUUUAUAGGAGGUCCUAGAGAUAUGCGCCAACGAUAUAUGGACGCUAAUGCGUUAGUGCAAAAUUUUGGAAAACCUGAUAUAUUUUUAACAAUGACAUGUAAUCCAUCACGGCCAGAAAUAGAAGAACAUUUAUUGGUAACAGAUGAGGUACAAAAUAGGCCCGAUUUAAUUAGCCGAGUGUUUAGAGCUAAGCUAGAGGAGCUUAAAACAGAUAUACUGAAGAAAAAUAUAUUUGGAAAAGUUGUUGCUUUUAUGUACACUAUUGAAUUUCAAAAGCGGGGUCUUCCACAUGCUCAUUUCCUUAUCAUACUUAAUAACGAAUAUAAAUUGUUAACUCCGGAAGCUUAUGAUAAAUUUGUUUGUGCUGAACUGCCUGACUCUGAUACAAAUGAUUAUCUGUAUUCACUUGUUACUAAACAUAUGAUGCAUGGACCUUGUGGUAGCUUAAAUCCUAAAUGUCCUUGUAUGAAGAACAGGGAAUAUUUUUGUUCUGAUAUUAAAGUUGUUAAAUACCUUUAUAAGUAUAUUUGUAAAGGACAUGAUAAAAUUGCCUUUUUCGUACAUGGUGAUGAUCCAAAUAUUGAAAUAGAUGAGAUCAAAGAAUAUCAAUUUGCUAGAUGGGUUUCUCCACCAGAGGCAACUUGGCGUUUAUUGGGUUUUCCGAUUAGUGAAAUGACUCCAUCUGUUUACCAUCUUCAGCUACAUCUUGAUGGACAACAAUUUGUCUAUUUUAAAAGCACACAGACGAUAAAUUCAAUUGUAAAUAACCCGAUGAUCAGAAAAACCAUGUUGACAGAGUUCUUUGUGAUGAACAGAGAAAAUAAGGAUGCAAAGAAGUUAAAUUUGCUCUACAAGGAAUUUUCGGAAUACUUUGGAAAAACUGCUCACCCCCGUUUUAAAUUUCCUAUUGAUAUUGAUAAACAUUUCUCCUGUAAUAUCAGUAAGCAAAGUUCACUUGCAUCAUUGAUACGAGAUGCCAAUAAUCAUGUGGGAAGUACUAUGGCCAAAAAACAGCUGAUAGAAGCUUUUUGA